UUCUCCAACUUAACUUUGACUUUGUACAUUUAUCCAGAGGUAAAGCGUGAACUCGACAAGAGAUGCUGUCCGUAGCGUGGCGUUGUUAAGUCUUAAUUUUUUUUUUGAGUUCAGAUUUGGGCUACUGUUUAAACUGUUUCCACCAGCUGUUUUUUUUCUGCAUGUUAAAGAUGAAAGGAUUUCGUUCAUUCCAAAUCCAUUGGGAUGGUUUUGAUACAUGAAUCUGGCAACCCUGGCUGUGCACAUGUCCAAAUGACACCGAGGCACAGUUGAAGUCUCAGUAAAAGAUCUUCAGGGUUAUCCGGGCAGUCUACAGUAACCAGACCAAACUGGACCCCCAAUACUCCAUACUGAGUGGUCCGAACUCUGAAGUUUUGCUUUCACUUAUCCACUGCUAUAAAUGAGUGUUUUAGAAAGAAAGAUCAGGGCUGGGGUGCACACCAGAACCCAUACAGAAUGUCCUGGAUCAACGGCUUCCUAGUGGCCAGAGUGGACGAUCGUAAGACCGCUUGGGGAGAGCGCAAUGGCAAGAAGUCCAAGCGCAAGGUUGGCUCCUCUCUCUGCAAUCCACGCUACAUGAGCUGCCUGCGGGACGUGGAAGCCAUGGAGCCUCCUCCCCAGCCAGCACACUCCCAGGCCACCCGGUCCGGAGGAGGGGGCAUGGGAGGUACGGGCGGGGGCAACUUUGGUAUACGCUGCGGAUGGCAGGAAGACCACUACGGGAAAGCAGGGGGAGGGGGGGAAGGGGUGGGGCUUAAAUCUGUCGACCUAGGCUUUGAGGAUGGCGACGUCAAGGGGCGGAAAGGGGUCCGUUCGGGUUGCGACGGCUCGAGCGACGACACGGCCAGCGGAGCGGGGUCGGUGACGGCGGCGGACUGCUGGGACAGGGUGGUACGCGUGUUCCAGUCCAAGAAGUUCCAGUCUCGCAAGCUGGAGCGUCUCUACCAGCGAUACUUCUUUAGGCUGAACCAGAGUUCCCUCACCAUGCUGAUGGGCGUAUUGGUGAUCGUCUGCGGGGUCAUGCUUACCUUUCAUUGCAUCCACGGACCGCCCGAUGUGGUCUACGCCUCUGUGCUGUCUGUGGCGAUGGCCCUGUUCAUGGCAUUAAUGGUGGUGUGCAACCGAAACGGGUUCCACCAGGACUACAUGUGGAUGGUCAGCUAUCUUGUGAUUGGAGUGCUAAUUGUGGUGCAGGUAUUCGGGGUGUUGAUGGUGGCCCCCCGCAGCGCCUCGGAAGGGAUCUGGUGGUCCGUCUUCUUCAUAUACAUCAUCUAUACGUUGCUGCCUGUGCGGAUGAGGGCGGCAGUGCUCAGUGGAGGAACGUUGUCCUCCAUACACCUUCUCACCACGUGGAGGAUCAACCAGGAUGAUGAGUUCCUCUGGAAACAGCUAAGUGCCAACGUGCUGAUCUUCCUGUGCACCAACAUCAUCGGGAUCUGCACCCACUACCCAGCAGAGGUCUCGCAGAGACAGGCCUUUCAAGAGACACGAGGCUACAUCCAAGCUCGACUGCACCUGCAAAGAGAAAACCAGCAGCAGGAACGCCUGUUGCUUUCGGUUCUGCCAAGGCACGUUGCUAUGGAAAUGAAGGCUGACAUCAAUGCUAAGAAAGAAGACAUGAUGUUUCACAAAAUUUACAUCCAAAAACACGACAAUGUCAGUAUUCUGUUUGCAGACAUUGAAGGUUUCACGAGUCUAGCAUCGCAGUGCACUGCUCAAGAGCUGGUUAUGACUCUGAAUGAAUUGUUUGCCCGCUUUGACAAGCUGGCAUCGGAAAACCACUGCUUACGGAUUAAGAUCCUGGGGGAUUGUUAUUAUUGUGUGUCAGGGUUACCUGAGCCCAGAGCCGAUCACGCUCACUGCUGUGUGGAAAUGGGUGUGGACAUGAUUGAAGCCAUCUCGUUGGUGCGAGAGGUCACAGGGGUGAAUGUAAACAUGCGGGUCGGCAUUCACAGCGGUCGUGUGCACUGUGGAGUUCUUGGACUGCGGAAGUGGCAGUUUGACGUGUGGUCCAACGACGUCACGCUGGCUAAUCACAUGGAAGCUGGCGGCAAAGCCGGGAGAAUUCACAUCACUAAAGCCACUCUACAGUACCUGAAUGGAGACUAUGAGGUGGAACCAGGAUUUGGAGGGGAGAGAAAUGCCUAUUUGAAAGAAAACAGUAUUGAGACCUUCCUAGUACUGGGGUGCAGUCAGAAACGGAAAGAUGAGAAGGCAGUGAUGGCUAAAAUGCAGCGCACACGGACGAACUCCAAUGAGGGCCUGGUACCACGAUGGGUGCCUGACAGAUCCUUCUCCAGAACUAAAGACUCCAAAGUCUUCAGGCAGAUGGGUAUCGAUGAAACAUCCAGCAAAGACAACCGUGGUGCUCAGGAGGCCCUGAAUCCAGAGGACGAGGUGGAUGAGUUUUUGGGGCGUGCCAUUGAUGCUCGCAGUAUUGACCAGCUUCGAAAAGACCAUGUGAAGAAGUUCCUGCUCACCUUCCAAACCUCCAGCCUGGAGAAAAAGUAUUCUAAGAAGGUGGACGAUCGUUUUGGAGGUUACGUGGCCUGUACGCUGCUGGUCUUCUGUUUUAUCUCCUUCAUUCAGAUCGUCAUAUUCCCUCAUACUCUGGUCAUGCUGGGAAUUUACAUCAGUAUCUUCAUCAUUCUUGCCAACAUCCUCUUCAUUUGUGCCAUCUACUCUUGUGUGAAGCUCUUCCCGGCUGUCAUGCAGACGGUGUCCAAGAAGAUUGUUCAGUCUCGCACCAACAGCACAUUGGUGGGAGUUUUCACCCUCGUCCUCGUCUUCAUCUCUGCCUUUGUCAAUAUGUUUUCUUGUGAUACAGAGAAGCUGGUGGACUGUGUAGCAAAUCAGUUAAACUGGUCAUCGUCAGAGAUGGUAACUCCAUGCAUCAUUCACAACCUGUCUCGUUCUGCAGCAGAAGGCCUGGAUAUCUGUCCCAACAACACUCCCUCCUGCCCCUUUCCUGAGUAUUUCAGCUACAGCGUGCUGCUGACUCUGUUGGCGUGCUCGGUGUUCCUGCAGAUCAGCAGUAUAGGGAAACUGGCAUUAAUGCUGCUCAUUCAGCUCACCUUCCUGCUGCUCGUGGAGUGGCCAGAGGUGGCGCUGUUUGACAACGCAGAUCUCUUUGUAACUUCCAAUGCCCUCAUAUUCAAUGAAACCCUGCAGUGGUCCAAUCUCAAUGCAACUGCUGAUCAGUGUCCUUUCAGGGUGACAAAAGUGUCCCUAAAGGUCAUGACCCCUGUCAUCCUCACCGUCUUUGUACUGGCACUGUACCUACAUGCCCAGCAGGUGGAGUCUACAGCUCGUCUGGAUUUCCUCUGGAAACUUCAGGCCACAGAAGAGAAAGAGGAGAUGGAAGAGCUUCAAGCCUACAACCGCCGGCUCCUCCACAACAUUCUGCCUAAAGAUGUGGCUGCCCACUUUCUAGCCAUAGAGAGAAGAAACGACGAGCUCUACUAUCAGUCCUGCGAGUGCGUGGCCGUCAUGUUCGCCUCCAUCAGCAACUUUUCAGAGUUUUACGUGGAGCUGGAGGCAAACAACGAGGGAGUGGAGUGCCUGAGGCUUCUCAAUGAGAUCAUCGCCGAUUUUGAUGAGAUCAUCAGUGAGGAGAAAUACAGGCAGCUGGAGAAAAUCAAGACCAUCGGCAGCACCUACAUGGCCGCGUCCGGCCUCAACGACUCCACCUAUGACAAAGAAGGUCGUUCGCAUAUAACCGCCCUGGCGGACUACGCCAUGCACCUCCGCGAGCAGAUGAAAUACAUCAACGAGCAUUCCUUCAACAACUUCCAGAUGAAGAUUGGACUAAACAUAGGGCCAGUGGUCGCAGGAGUUAUUGGAGCCAGAAAACCCCAGUAUGAUAUUUGGGGAAACACAGUCAACGUGGCCAGUCGAAUGGACAGUACUGGGGUCCCAGACCGAAUUCAGGUGACCACAGAUCUGCACCAGGUGUUGGCCAGUAAAAGUUACCAGCUGGAGUGUCGAGGGGUCGUAAAAGUUAAGGGCAAGGGUGAGAUGACCACUUACUUCUUGAACGAUGGACCCCCCAACAGUUAGCAGCUCACUAGCAUUCCUUCAGAUGUUCACAGUUCUCCGGAGAGAAGGAUUGCUCGACGCAACCCGAAGUCAAACAAGUAGCCAUCGCUAUCACUUGAAAACAAACAAUAAAGAACCUCACAAAAAACAAACAGGACUCCAGACCGGAGAGCAGUCACGUAACGCGGCGGCCGUGGAUGUGGCCGCGCGCCUUGAAGGACGAUUGUUUCUGGUUUUAAGCCUCAGGCUCCUUGAAAGAUGCAAAGUCGGUUUAUUUAAUAAAGGCCUUUAAAUUCGCCGAAGAGAAACGCUGUACAUAUGGCAUUUUUCCCCGUUUUAUUUUUGUGUGACAUGUUUCCUCCGUUGUUUUUGUUUCAGGAAAAUAUAAAUACAGGUACUCAUGUUUUGUUCUGAAUUUCUUAUUUAUUUCAAUCUUGAUGUUUUCGUGCAAAAAGUCCUUUAUGGAAACGUGUGAAAACGCACACGCAUUUAUACCGUACGUAAACACGUACAAGCGUAUAUUUGUGUGCAAAUACAGUAUCUGUAUAAAUUAAGAAGAAAACUAUUGACCAAAGACCAAAGUAUUUAAUAGAAAGAAGAUGUUAAAACGUUUGUUGAAGUUUAAAUAUUAUGUAACACCCUCACCCCUUUUCUGUUUUACGUUUUAUUGUUUAAAGACGCAUUACACCAUUUGGCCCGCAAUCCGGGUGACUGGCAGGGCGUUGUGUUCUUGAUCAAAUGAAGGACUGAAGGAUUUCUGUUUUGAAUGAAGAUGAGAUCGGAUAAGUUGGGAAGUUUCUCUGGAUGGGUAUGCUUUUCAGGUCACGUCCUCGAGGGAGACUUCCCUUUCGUUUUGUGUUUUCCGUCAACCAUUUCUUCUUUUUCAAAGAAGUAUUUUUGGUACAAAAUGAAAUAAAAGGAAAAAAAGUUUUUUGGAAGCAUCUGGGGAAAAGCCACGGCAUUGGAAACCACGGUACGAGACAGUUUAUCAAGUUCCAAUUCAUUACAGAAGGACUUUUUUAAAAACGAAAGAAAUAUAUCUAUAAAUUAUGACUGAAUACUGUGCUUUGUAAUCUCGAAGGGGCGUAACUCUUUUCACUGUGAGGUUUAUAUGAUACGACAAGCUGCUUUCUUGCCAAACUAAAACAGCUCAAAAGCAUGUCUGAUUGUGGUAUCUUCUCUACAAUUUUUGUUUGUUUGUUCGUUUGACUCCCUGAAGUUUUAAUGUUUGAGUAUUUUGUCUCACCUCUGUAUCUAUUUUUUACAUUUUUAUUCCUGUUAUGGUUGUUCUGAUCUAUUCCAUUAUGAUUUCAUUCCAGCUGAAGAUAGGAAACAGUGACCUGAACUGAGACAUUUAAGCAAGUUGGUACUAACUGAUCAGCUGCAGUCAGUGACUUACGAAGACUAGUAUUCCCUCUUCGGCUUUAUUUCAGCGAGAAGCACUUUAAAUAGACAGUUCAGCCCAAAAAGGAAAAUUCUGUCAUUGUUUCUGUCGACCUUCAUGUUUUUCCAAACCUGUUUGACUUUCUUCUGUGUAACACAAAAGUAGAAAUGGUUUGCAGUUGUAAUGAAAAUAGACUGAAGCUUUUGAGCUUCAAAAUUAAUGCUUAGCACCAUUAAAAUGCGGUUCAUUCGAUUUGUAAGUUAUGUUCAUGUUCGGAAGCCAUAUCUUAAAAUUUUAAGUUAAUGUGUUGCAUUUAUGAAAGUUACGCAGGUUUGGACCAUGAGCAAUUUUAAUAGUCAAGUCACAUUUAUUACUACAGCACUUUUUACAAUGUUUCAUUUCUUUAAACCAAGAAAUUAUUAAAUAUAUACAGCAGGUAAUAUAAGUAUUGAAUACGUCACCAUUUUUCUCCGUUAAAGGAUUAGUCAUUUUCUUAAAAAAAUCCAGA